UGUCCGUGAUGCUUGUGCGGAGUGUGUAUACACACACACGCUCUCUCUCUCUUGCUCUCUGUCUCUCACACACACACACACCCCACAGUGACAGAUGACCUAUUGAAAUAAUUUCAGAGCCGGUCUGUGGUUGCUACGACAACCAAUGAUCUCUUGGCUUUCAUCUGGCCAUGUGACAGGGACUUUGACGUCAGCUAGAGGCAGAGUCUGUGGCUGAGUCCACACAGUCAGAGGCUUGUGAGAAUCUGGUGGAUGCUGGACGUUGCCGCCGCUGCUGUUUCUCAGGGCUGGAGAGCAUGGACUGCUAAAUCUUGCACUUCUUCUGUGUGAGCUGAACCCUCGCUGCCAGGAUGGGCAAACAGAACAGCAAGCUGCGCCCCGAGGUCAUGCAGGACUUGCUGGAGAGCACGGACUUCACGGAGCACGAGAUCCAGGAAUGGUACAAAGGCUUCUUGAGAGACUGCCCCAGCGGACAUUUGUCAAUGGAGGAGUUUAAGAAAAUAUACGGGAACUUUUUCCCUUACGGGGAUGCUUCCAAAUUCGCAGAGCACGUCUUCCGCACCUUCGACGCCAAUGGUGAUGGGACAAUAGACUUUAGAGAAUUCAUCAUCGCCCUGAGUGUGACUUCGAGGGGGAAGCUGGAGCAGAAGCUGAAAUGGGCCUUCAGCAUGUACGACCUAGAUGGAAACGGCUACAUCAGCAAGGCGGAGAUGCUAGAAAUCGUGCAGGCAAUCUAUAAAAUGGUUUCCUCCGUAAUGAAAAUGCCUGAAGACGAGUCAACCCCAGAGAAAAGGACAGAGAAGAUCUUCCGCCAGAUGGACACCAACAGAGACGGAAAACUCUCCCUGGAAGAGUUCAUCCGAGGGGCCAAAAGCGACCCGUCCAUCGUGCGCCUGCUGCAGUGCGACCCGAGCAGCGCCGGCCAGUUCUGAGCCCCACGCCCGCCGGCCCGGUGUAGAGCUGCUUGUGUUCCCUUUGAUUCUUCUUUUUGAUCAUUUUCUUUUAUUUGCCAAACAAUAUUGAUGGUGAUGCUGUCCCCUGUGCGGUCAGAUGCGCUUUCCUCCGUGACGCCUUCAGCUUCUUUUGUCGUGGACGCUUCGUGGGAAUGCCCAGAGCCCCAGCGUGCUUGUGGGGAGCAUGGACAGACUUCGUGGUGUUCGUUGUUUGACGAUUUUUAAUUGUUACUAUUAUUGUUUUCUUUUGAUUCUAAUGUCUCUCUUCUAAAACCUAAGACUCGGGGUGGGGAGGCAAGAGAAGGGAAACCCGUGCAGCACGGGGACUCCUCUGUAAGUUUGAGGGGCUUUCGUUUGAAAGACAGAACUCCCUGCCUGGGCCUGCUGGGGGCGGUGGGUGGCUGAGGCUGGAUUCCCCAAGGACAAGUCCCCCUCUGGGGCGAGGCUAUUAACAGGAGCUGGGACAGUCCCCCAUGGGGCCCACUCCACCCGCCUCCCCAGCAGGCUGCAGUUUCUAAGCUGUGAACAUUUCAAGGUAAAUGAGGAGAGGAGAGGAAAACGAUGGCUCAGCUAUUUUUUCACAGGUUUACACUAGUUGAGCUAAUAGGAGUGUCUUUGGAAAUUCAAUACAAAGGGUAACAUAUUCCAAAACCAGACCCAUCUUGUUGCCUAUUGUGAUUUAAAAAAAAAAAAAGAAGACUGCUGUAUAUAAACUAUUGGGUAUUGCAGACCAAAUUAAGUGUUUUGCCUUGUUUAAAUGAAAUGCAUGUUUAGUGAGCACUAAUACAAUCUUAUUCCAGAGACUGUUUUUAGUAGCUUAUUGUGAAGUAAGCCAACUAUAAUGAAUGUCUACGUCUUGUUUUAAAGUCAUAUCUGCCUUUGCACAAAUGUACCAAUUGACAAGUAUAUUUUAUAUAUUCCAUAAAAGUACAAAGUAACCCUGCCUAGGGCCCAACGUUCAUUUUGAACGCCCUUCCCGAGUCGCAGUGCUGGGAGAGCAGGUGACGAGCAGUGUGGCCAGACGUGUGCAAGUGGAGCGCCAGGAGGUUGGCCUUUCCAGGAGAGGUGAGGCGGGUGGUUCACCCACCUGACCCAGCAGCCCGUUGACAACAUCAGGUUGGAGGCCUGGUGCUUUUCUGAGCAGGUUGAUAUUCUGCGGACCUGAAAAAAAUAGUGUCGAUUCUUGGGAAUUCCCAAUGGUUUAGUCCAUGUGUAUGGUUAGGGAGCCGUGUCUGGAACAUUCCCUUUAACAUGCCCCCGAUGGCCUGUCAAAGAGUCAGAGGUUGGGUUGAUCUAAUUCAUCGUAAAGAAGAUACGGACUAGUGGGCCUGUGGUUUCCAAGUCCCACUAUGAGGAAUCCUAAAGUACUUUCCAUCGUUGUGUUCCCUGAAUGAAGAUUUCUGUUUCCAGAAGUGACAGCACACGUUUGAGUUGCUGUUUGGUCUGGCGCCCGCACUCACGUACACUGAUUUGAAUUGCAGGUGAAGAGUAAAACUUGCCGGUCACAGGCAAGUCACACUCUCGCCAGCAGUUGGUGUGAGGAGGCCAAGACGCUCAAGGAUGUUGAUGGGAACCUGGCCCAAGGGAAGGCAGAGAGGUCCCAAGUUGGUCUGUCUGCUGCUAAGCCAUGUCCUGUAGAACAGGAACAGAGAGAUAAACACCAUCACCAUGAGGGAAGUGUCAUUGAGACCAUUCUAACCUCCAGGUUCCUGUAUAUGACUGGAGUCUGUUCUAUCUGGUAACAAAAAUCCAAAUUUGCAGAGUGGACCAAAAUGAACCAAAUUUGUAGGAUGACAUUCUGAGACCUGGGCUUGGUAGCAUAAUCUCAGUCUUCCGCUGAGUGUCAGUUCCUCAUAGUGGUUCCAAGACUUGCCAAAUGCCUGCACAGGCUGAGUGGUAAAAUAUUUUUG